AUGACUGAAGUCGUUCUACCAUCCACUCGCACGGGUUCCAUCUUCAUCGUCUCUUCCCUCGCUUUCUUCUUCCUCGCAUCGUACGCCACCCUGUUCAGUGCUUUCCUCCCUCCUCCUGGUAACUUCGUUCUUGACUUGCUGGCGAGAGAUACACAUUACAAGUACUUCGCCCUUUUGAUCAUACCCACGACGUCGUGGUUCGUGAUCGCGAACUGGGUGGGGUGGCAGUAUUUUGUUAGUUCAUGA